GUUUUUGUCAACACGACAACACACUGUCAAAUGGGAAGCACGGGCCGAUUUGUCUUCGUGUCCGUAUAAAAAAAAACAUAAUCGGUGAAUUUGGUGUGCUCUCAGGAAAAGUAUAAAUUUAUUCCAUAUUUACCAGCCAAAUCGGAUAAAUUAUGGUUGAAUCGAAAGCAGAAAAGGCGGAGGUAGGCCGAGAAGAUGUCGAAGCCGACAAGGAAAACAUGGACGUGGAAGAACCAGCGGCGGAUGCCCCGAUGAAAGUGUUUACGGUGGAAAUACUUCGUCUGAUCAAGGACAUGCAGCUACAGCACGGUCUCCGGCAUGGCGACUUCCAGCGCUACCGUGGCUACUGCUCCCGGCGCGUCAAGCGGCUCCGCAAAACGCUCAACCUGCCCCAGGGCGACCGGCGCCACUACAAGAAGCGCAACGUGACGCUCGCCAACCUGGAGAAGCCGAACUCGGACGAGCGGUUCCUGCACAUCCCGCUCAUGCUGGCCGAGCGGACCUGGUCGUACGCGAUGCAGCUGCGGCAGGAAUCGAACACGGAACCGCGCAAACGGUUCCAUCUGAUCGAGAAGCUGCGCAAAUCGUGCGUGUACGCGCUGCAGCUGCAGGACCUGUGCGCCUCGGACCGGUGCGACGCGCGCACGAAGCUGGAGGCGGAAGCGUACUCCGCCUGGAUCCAUGGUUCGCUGCACUUCGAGCUGGGGCUGUGGCAAUCGGCGGCAGAAAACCUGAAGAAGGCGCAGGUAAUUUACGAAAACCUCGCCCAGGCCAUGCCGGAGGAAGAGCAAACCGUUUACCGCGCGAAGGUGGAGGAGCUGCAGCCGAGCCUGCGCUACUGCGCGUACAACGUCGGCGAGAACGCGUCCGUGAACGAUCUGCUCGAAAUGCGCGGCCAGGCCGGGCUGCUGGGCAAUCUGAGCCAUCUCGUGGCGCAGACGAAGGCGGAAAGCAUGGAAGCGUUCCAGAUGAUGGAAUGGCGCGGGCGCAGCGUCACGGUGCGCCCGGAGAAGGUGCGGCUCUUUCUGCUCAGCAUACAGGAGCUGGGCAGGAGCAUCGAGAAGGCGAAAGACUACCCGGCCAAGAUCGAAAUGCUGGAGAGUGUGCUGCUCGACUGCAAGGACGCGAUCGCCGCGAUCAAGGACGAGAUCAAGCAGGACCCGAAGCUGCGCCAGCCGGCAGCCGGCGAGGCCGGUGGUCCGGCCGGCGGCGGACUGAUCGGCAUCCAGUAUCUGCUGGCGUACAUGUCGUACACCCGGCUGAAGCUAACGCUCGAGCGCAACCUGUUCCUGGUGGCGCAGGCCAAGCUAACGCUCGACGAUCCGAACGUGGCGGAAAAGACGCCGCUGGCCAGCGGCGGUGGCAAGAAAACGAAACCGCAGGAUCUGUCCCGGCUGUACGAGAUCAUACUGCAGAACGUGACCGAAAUGCAGCAGCUCGGCGGGAUGGAACACGAUGCCGCGUACCAGGCGGAGAUGGAACAGCUGGCCCUUUCGUUCCGCGCCUUCCGCUGCUACUACAUCGCCAUCACGCUCGUGGCGAUGAAGCGCUGGCGGGAAGCGGUCGCCAUGUACGAGCGGUCGCGCAAGUACGCGAGCGACGCGUCCAGCAGCAAGACGCCGUGCAAGGAUUUCGAUCUGCGGGGCGAGCUGAAGCAGCUGAUCGCCACGAUCGAGGGCUGCAAGUUUUCGGCCCACGCGUACAGCGUGCUGGAGGACGACACCGCCGACGAUACGGUGCUGUUUGGCAAGAGCCAAAAAUCCUCCAAACCGCUGUACGAGCGGCUGUCGCACUACAAGGAAGACGCCACGCUGAACUCGCGCAACCCGAACGUGUUCAAGCUGAUCCCGGAGAUGGAACCGAUCCCCGCCAAACCGCUGUUCUUCGAUCUGGCCCUCAACUUUGUCGACUUUCCCUCGCUGGACGAUAAGAUCGAGCAGAAGGGCUCGACCGGCAAGGGUGCGACGGCCGGCAUGUCCGGCUUUGUCAAGGGCCUAUUCGGCUGGGGUGGUGGCGGCGCCAGCAAGUAAAGGGGGGUGUGUUCCGCGCACCAUCCACUUGAUUUUCGAUUCCAUUUUUUUGUUUGUUCGUUAUUUGCUUCGUUUUUUUAGAAAUGCCCUCACCGUCGUCCCAGCUGGAGGAAGCCACAGCCGACGACAUAUGGUGGUCCAGCUACCCUUCUACCAUACUAUUAUUAUAUAUCAAUAAAUAACGGUCGGUAUGUUUGAAUCAAAA